CAAUAUGUGACACAGUUCAGUUCGGUGUUCCUUACAAAGCAAUAGGUACCUACCACAUCCGCAAUGAAACUCGUAAUCCUAUUCGCCCUGAUCGCGAUGGCCAUCGCCCAGGACAGCUAUCCCACCAAGUACGACAACAUCGACGUGGAUGAAAUCCUCAACUCAGAUCGUCUCUUCAAGAACUACUUCAACUGCCUGAUGGAAGCCGGACCGUGCACCCCGGAAGGAAACGAGCUGAAGAAGUAUCUGCCGGAUGCCAUUGCGACCGGAUGCGCCAAAUGUAACGAGAAGCAGCGUGAGGUGACGGCCAAGGUUGCCAAGUUCCUGAUCGAGCAGCGUCCCAAUGAGUGGAAUUCUCUGCGAGGAAAGUACGAUCCUGAUAACACCUUUGCCGAGAAGUACAAGGAUGAGGCGGCCAAGUUCGGAAUCAAGCUAUAAGAGGUUGACUAGUGGUAUCUGUCUCCACUGAAAUGAAGAGCGAAUUGAAAAUAUAAAAUUUUGUCUAUGAACAAAGACAAUGCACAAUGCACAUAAAUCAAUUUUUGUCUUUUU